UCGCAUUGAUUAAUUUUUUACAUUCAUAAUGGUACUUUUACGCAGUAGACUGUUAACCAAUGUUGAUUGUAACAGUACCCCUUCCGUCAGGGGUGUACAAAACCAUACUAAAAGGCAAAGUCCAAGUCCUAUUGACAAUGCCAAACGUUGUAUACAUAAGGACGGCUCUUCUGAUGUUCAUCAGGUCGGAGCAUAUACCUUACGCAAGCGCAAAAGGCGCGUAUCAGUAGAUGUGUCGUCCAGCGAUCCGGCGUCGUCUAUGGGCAUAACCACACUCGACAUUGACGAUGAAACCAGAGCAUGGGAUGCAUUUUAUGCCGGUGGCCGCGAUUCUGAUGUGCCAUUUUCAGGUUUUGAUACUGCAGUGACAGUGAAAAUCAUCCGUUCAGCGCUGAAAAGGAUAAGGCCUGGAGCUCCAAUUGAUCGUGAAGAUGUUUUACUAGAAGUGGGACAUGGUAAACAUCCACUUAUAUGGGACAUACAACGUAUUAUUGGCAACUGUGGUUUCUACACUGGUAUUGAAUUCAGCAGUAAUAGUAUCAUAGAAGCUAUUAAGCUGCGAAAACGCAUCUCGGCCACAGAUGACGGUAAAUUGGGCGAUAAUGUCGAAUUUCUACAUGCAAAUAGUGUGGAGUAUUUCAAUCCUGACGGUUCUUGUGCAGCGUCAGUUAUACUACCUUCAGGAUCUCAAAAACCUAAGUUGUCCCCCGGAACUGUAUCUCUUGUCAUUGCUAAAAGCACUUUAGAUUAUGUCACUUGCAGGCUAACUGGGAGUGUUGAUACUGUAGAUUGGGAAGCCCAACCUCGUAUAUCACCUUCAUUAGUAUUAAUGUUCGACUCAUUCUCUAUCGCUCUGGGUGAAGCGAACAAACAACGUCCCAAGGCUUUGAUAUUUGUUGAGCCAGAUGAUUUUGUAAAAUUUAGGGACCAUAUCGCAACUAUAACCCGCGUUAUAUACGCCGCCACAUUUUGCAACAAGUCCCCUGCUCAAUCAUUGCGAUUGACACAUAUAAGACGAUACAAAAAGCAUAAAGCCAUCUGCUAUAUACUGGAGAAGACAGUGUUGCGUUAUAGCGACUACCGAGAACUCCGCGAUGAUAUCUGUAAAAUAACUGCGCGCCUGUAUGAUAUCAGCGGAUCUCAGGAUGAUGAUUGGCUCCUUCCAAUCAAUGUGCCACCUAAAUGGCACAGUAAUUGCGAAGGAGACUUGGAGCAAUUCUCGGCAAUUUUCUAAACAGUGAUGAUAGUCGGACUGAUAAUAUUAAAGAUG